GGCCCCGACUGCUCCUCCGCCACAACUUCACUCUGAGUGCUGAGACACCUGAGCUACAGCCUACAUAGACUCCACAACAUUGCACUUUAUCAUAUACUCGCAGUGCUUUUGCGAUAUCCUGUCAGCGGCGCAGCCCUAACUGCGCUACGUUGUCGCUGGAUUAGACUGACCUAGAAAGGCUUGCAGUGGAAGGACUGGCCUGUCUUUAGCCCCGCACAGACUCUUGGGAAGUCGCAACGCAGCUCGAACAUCACUGCCCAUGAGCGACAUCAACGUCACAGAUGGCCCUCCUCACGCCAGCGGUAGCGGACUCAAGCUCGUUCUCCCGUCUCUCAAGUCCGUGCAAGCUCUCAAGGGUCAGAAACGAAAGAAGAGCAUCGGUUUCGUCCAGGAUGAGCCGAAACCCAAGAACCCGAGACCCAUCAAGCUCAAGCCGCUGAAAGAGGUGCUUUCGAAGCUGAUUGUGCAGAUAAAGAAGAAAGACGACUACGCUUUCUUCUUGCAACCUGUCGAUACCACGAAGGUACUUGGCUAUGCGGACCUUAUCAAGCGUCCCAUGGACCUCGGCACGAUGACCACAAAGGUCGAGAAGGGGAGGUAUCGGUCGCUGGAGGAGUUCGCCGAUGACCUGAGGCUAGUCACAGCGAACGCAAAGGCAUUUAAUCCUCCAGGCACCAUCUACCACACGGAGGCCGACCGCAUCGAGGCCUGGGGACUCGACCACAUCUCGAAGGCCGCCGGGACUGUGAUCGAGUACGAGACUGACUGGAACAUUGACGUCGAACGGGACGACGAGCCUGAGGAUGGAGAGAGGGACCAGGAGCGCGCAGGGGACGGGGAGAAGGGCACACCGAUGGAUGUGGACGACGGAGGAUCGGUCGUCAGUGCGCAGACGCCGGUAAACAUGCAGUCCGGCAAGCGGAGGGCGGGUGCGAACGCGAAGAAACCGCCGGGUGCGCUUUCGGAGAGCCUGGAAGCAGACGGGGGACUGCCUGGCGCGAAGGAUGGGCUCGGCGCCUUCCCGCCAGGAUCAGACUGGGCAGAGCUGAUGCUCGCGCUGAAGCUGAAAGGCAAGCGAUACCGGACGAAGAAGGAACGUCUGCGAAUGGAGCGAGGUGGCCCUCCAUACAGAGCAGAUGGUAGCCUGGACUACACCGAACUCGAGGAUCCGUUCUCCGUCCUCCAAGUUCUCGUUCCAGAUCCCCCUGCGCGCCCGCUUCUCACGCCUCUCUACCCUCCUGCUCCAUCCGCCGAACAGCCCACUCAACCCAAUCAGCCAUCCACUUCCACACUCCCGCCAUUCCCCACGCCCGUCACCGUACCUACGUCCCCGGCGGCACCUGAACCCAGCAUUCCUUCCUUGAACGCUUCAUCGACUCCAACAAAAAAGCGGAAACGUCGUCAUUGGACGAUCGUGCGCAACGCACCUUCUCGACGGGCCAAGGAGCGCGAGGACGAAGACGAAGAAGAACCGCCUUGGAAGGCCCCACGGAUACCCUCCGCGAGUGACUAUGGCUCGUUCGCCGAGCUCCAGAACAUCUUGGCCACUGAAGGCGCCGCAGCCAACGUGAACGACCUCGGCUCAGAGCGGAGGCUAUUGGAGGCCAUACGCACGAGCGUCGAGGGCGCGAGCGCACGGAACAAGGGCAAAGACGUAGACCGGGGGCAGUCCAGCGCAGCAGACGACGACGACAAUGCGUACUGGAGAACCCACGGCGACCCGGCACACGAGUAUAUUCGCGACGUCGUCUACGGCGGCGUGGACGGGUACGCCUACGCGCGGAGCAUCGCGCAGUUCGUCCACCUCGAUGAGCCGCUCGAAGACACAUCCGGGCCGCCCACAUACGACGCGCUCGGCAUGCCCCUCGCGCACUACGUCUCGCAGCACGUCCUCGACCCCCUCACAGGCGGGCUCCACAGCGUCCUCGCGGACGCCUUCAGCGCGCUGCACGACCCCGUCCACCAAGCGCACGCCCCCGAGCGCGUGCGCGCCCAGAUCGCGCUCUCCCUCCAGACGUUCCCCUCCGCCGCCCGUGCACUUGCAGCGCUCUCCGCGCGGCUCGACAUGACCCCACUCGUGCACGAGCCAGACGAACUUUAUAGCGUCGAGGCGCACUGGGCGGGCAAUGUGUACCGCGAGGAGAAGCGCCGUAGGGAGGAGGAGGAGCAGGCGCGGGGCGACGCUGCGGCGUUCUUGCGGUUCGCGAUCGAGCAACACCAGGAGGCGCAGGCGCAGACACAGGGGCAGGGGCAAAGUGCUAGCGGGGAUACGGCGAAGGCGGGCGCUGCGCAGGAGGACCCGGAGGUGUUGCAGUAUGUGCUGGGGCUCGUGGCGGAUACGAUCGAGGGGAUGAUCAACGACAGGACGGGAGUGACCGCUGGAGAUGGGGAUAGAAGCGAGGCGGACAUGAAGGACGCGACUAUGCAUUCUCCGCAACCCUCGGGUGACGAUGCCCGGGCAGUCUCAUCGGGGAUCGACGUCGAUGUCGACAUCGACAUGGAGCCCAAGGACGAGCCUUCACCAUCUCCUAAAGUUGAAGCUGAUCAGAGCGCGUCGCUCGCACCCGCGCAGAAGAAAGAAGAGAGAUCGUCGCAGUCUGCCCCUUCAUCCCCUGCACAACCCGACGCGCCAUACCAAGCCACUGCGCCGCAGGCGUUCCCCAUUCCAAAGGUCGAAGUCGCCGCCGCAGAGGACCCUGCAAUGCGAGCUCUUCGUAUGAACCUGCUCGGUCUUGCCAAGCGUGCACCCCUACAGGCCAUCGCGCCCCUGCCCGCUGCUUUGGUGCCUGAGAAUCUGAGGAGUGUAGUUCCCUUGCUUCCAACAUGAUUUUAUCUCAUGUCCUUUGAUGAAAACAUGGCGAAGAAGCAAAGGUCUGUACGCUUUAUGUUGUGGCCCAGCACACCUAGCACACGUUAUGAUGCAUUUAACAGACGAUGGAAGACAGUAUAUACUUAUGUCGCUGUAGGUGUCUAGGUCGACUCUACGAGUAGGGAUGUGAUAUGCAUCGCAUCAAUCAUGAUUCACUGUCUUCAACACCGCUGCCAAUAGCCACAUCGCUCACGGGGUCCUCGAAAGUCAAUGUGUCGGUCCAGAGGCUCUAGUCAUCCA